ACACAUUACAUACCCGCCCCUCUUCCCCAGACCGAGGAGAUAGGGGAAAUGAAGUUGUCUGACAACAAUUAGCUAGCCAGUACAAAUACUUUUUAGGUCACGAGAACAUUUUCCACGAUAGACAUGAAGUUAAUAAAUAUGUAUUGUAUAUAGGUUUACUUUCAACAAAGCUUUAAGUUCCCAUUGGAUAUUUUAACAAUUUUGGAAGUCGCUUUCUAAGCUUGGGAAAGCAGUGCCUUACUUCCACUCUACAACCUAACUACUCAUCACCUUCUCAUCAUGCCUUUCCCCUUUGGGAAAUCUCAGAAGAGCCCUGCCGAGAUUGUGAAGAGUUUGAAGGAGAACGUGGCAUACUUGGAAAAACUGGAUGCCACAGAAAGCAAGAAAUGUGAAAAGGUUGCAGAGGAGGUGUCUAAGAACUUGUCCUCUCUGAAGGAGGUACUGUGUGGGACAGGUGACAAGGAGCCCCAAACGGAGGCUGUGGCCCAACUGGCCCAGGAGCUGUACAACACCAACCUCCUCAUUGCUCUCAUCGCUAACCUGCAGCGGAUUGAUUUUGAGGGAAAGAAGGAUGUGGUCCAGUUGUUCAGCAACAUUGUGCGGCGUCAGAUUGGCACCCGUACGCCCACGGUUGAGUAUAUCUCCUCACACCCACAGAUCCUCUUCAUGCUGCUGAAAGGGUAUGAGAGUGCAGAGGUGGCUCUGAACUGUGGGAUGAUGCUACGGGAGUGCCUGCGUCAUGAGCCCCUGGCGCGCAGCGUUCUCUUCUCAGAGGACUUCUACUGCUUUUUCCGCUAUGUUGAACUCUCCACCUUCGACAUUGCCUCAGAUGCUUUUGCAUCCUUCAAGGACCUUCUCACGAGACACAAGAUUAUGUGCGCAGAUUUUCUUGAGACCAAUUAUGACCGGGUGUUUACAGAAUAUGAGAAGCUCCUGCAUUCCGAAAAUUAUGUCACCAAACGUCAGUCUUUAAAGCUUCUGGGAGAGCUUCUUCUGGACAGACAUAACUUCACUGUGAUGACCAAGUACAUCAGUCGGGCUGAGAACCUGAAGCUGAUGAUGAACAUGCUGAGAGACAACAGUCGCAACAUCCAGUUUGAAGCCUUCCAUGUCUUCAAGGUGUUUGUGGCCAACCCCAACAAAACCCAGCCUGUGCUGGACAUCCUGCUGAAGAACCAAGCCAAACUGGUGGACUUCCUGAGCCAUUUCCAGACGGACCGCUCAGAGGAUGAGCAGUUCUGCGAUGAGAAGAACUACCUGAUCAAGCAGAUCCGCGACUUAAAGAGGCCCACACCACCGGAGGAGGCAUGAGGGGACAGGCAGGGUGAUGCCAGUCCAAAGUGCUGGUGGUGGUGGUGGUGGUGAUGGUGGUUGUGGUGGUGGUUGGUGCCUUACCGCAUUCAGAGCAAGAGAAAGUGGGCCUGCUAGAGAGCGAAUGAUGGAGUGAGUGAGAUUGGCAUGCCUGACUAGAAUCCAUUACUCUUCCCUUCUCUUAACUUCAAACAUAGGAAAAAUAUAUUGUACAAACUCCAUUCUCAUCCCUUUUAGGUUUUCUAAUGCUAAUGUGGAGGUGAUUUGAGAUGCAUAAAACAAGAGUGACACAAGAACUGUUAAACUAUUGCUAUUUCAGCUAAUAGCUGUGAAAUGAAUGCACUUAGAUGUUAUAUUGGACCUUAAACAUGCCAUUAUCCUAUUUAAUUAGCACAUCUAAGUAAUUAUCUAGGUAAUCAGGAUAAGUGGUCAACAUAAAAUGGAAUACUGUCUCCUUGACACAGGCACAACCGGAACUUUAAAAUCCAUAUGAAUGCUUUUUAUGACAGACAUCCAAUAUGAUAUGGUAUUUUAUUAGAUUAUUUUGCAGGGGAUACUCUGUAAUAGUUAACAUUUCUUUUGUAACUGUCUUGUUUCUGACACCUCAUUUAACUAAUUCCAUAAUGGUUCAUUGCUUUAUUUAAGGACUUGUGUUGAACUGGGACUUUUAAUAUAUAGAAUAUCUUAUGAAAUAUGACAUUAUUAGUAGUAUGCUUAGCUUGGGAUUGGACUUUUGGGUCAGAGUAUGUGUAAUAUUUACUUUAUAACACCACCAUUAUCGUCAUUCUAGCUCCUAACCGUAUUCAAUGUUACCAUAGAAGGCUCAAAGAGAUGACUACACAGCAACUGUUGGCCUUUCAGGAUCUAUCAGAGAUCCCAUAUGAAAACAUAAAUCAAUGAUAUGUGGGGUUUUAAUGGGGGCCAGGCUAGUGGAUAAAAAUAGUCUAAGCACCAGAUAACGCUGCAGGGUGACCACAAGCAGCCAUCCAUUCUUUACUCUGAUUGAUCUUAAUUGUAGUGCUCUUUCAUUUUUUUUUUUUAUCCACCGGAUGCUCUGUUAUCAAGUGCAGUUAGGAACUGGUGUUAGGUAGGAAGGUGUUUUGUUGUUUUGUUGAAAUGGAUCACUUAAUAUUGCUCUGCAACCAACUGAUAAGAUGUAGCCUCCAACAAUAUUACUAACACAUAGUAUCUAUGGGAAAAGAGUAAUCCAACAUUAAAGUAACACUGUAAUGUUUCAGAGCAGCAGGAUAUGCCCGGGUUCUGAUACUCCUAAAAUGCUAGUAAACAUGGGAUUUCAUGAGCUGCAUGCUGGGCUUCAGGUCUCACUCUCACGCAGCCAGAUGACUGGUAGUUAGAAACCAGAGCAGAGGCCUUAAAAUACAUUCAGUUAUUCACAUAACGACCUGCACUGUCAACCUUCAGUAAGCCAGAUGGGACGGUGUAUGUAUCCAUUGGUACCAGACCACAUUCCCUCAAUUGGGAUUCUAUUCAUGGUUAGGACUUAUCAAUACCUCAGUCGAUGAUUAAAUUGUCUAUCAUCGAGAUGAACAACAAAAUGGGAUUUUCAUAAAUACUGCAUUUGCCUUACCUGUUGUCACUUAAAUUUGCAUAAUAACAGAUAACAAAAAAUAUGGUGUCUGUUAGCAUGAUUUCCUAGUACAUACCUCAUUGGGUCUUGAGUUCAUAAGUGCUCUGUUCUAUUUUCCUUGACAAUAUUUUAUUUGAUCUUUUUGAUAAAGUUCAUUUGUUUGUAUUAUGCAUGCUAAAUAAAAUCAAUGUUUUUGUUUUAACUUAGACAGGGAGUGGGACCUGGUUUUCUCUUGGAGGAAAACCAGACUUUUCAACUAAACGUGUUUGAUGGGUGCCUCAUGUCAAUUCAUAAUGAAUUACAGGAAUUGCCCCACAAAAGUAUGAAUGUUGUCUACUACUCCAAUUGUAAUUUGAUUGUGAAGACCAUGUAUGUGGAGAUGUAGACCUCUGCUUUCUUAACCAAAAGUAAUAGGAGGGGAGAAGAAUGCAUUUCAACUCCCAAACAUGACACUGACUUCAGAGGCCCAUAUUAAAUUAAAAUUGUAUAAUUAAUAACAAUUGAUCUGAAUUCAAAUUUCAUGAAUACAUAAACCUUAACUGGAAAAGAUCUAGAGUAGUCUGUAUUCCAGGAUUUAAUACCGAAAGUGCAAUUCAGUCUAGUAGUCCUGUAGGCUUAUCCUGGUUCAUUGUAAUCACCCAACAGAUUAGUAUUUGUUGGAAUUCCAGAUUACCUGUUUGUGGUACACCAAGCAUUAAUCAGUGUUUUAUCAAAAUGAUAAACUGUCAUUGCUUAAAGGAAAUUAAACAAAACAUUUCACAUUUUCA